CAUAAAUAUUUGCUUUGACCUUACAGUGCUGUUGAGAGGUGUGUCAGAUUAGCAAGUGAAACUGGCAGCCAUCAUUGGAUUUGACAAAUACAACAAAGAAUGUUAGGCUAGGCUGUAUUGUUUCACCACCUGCUGAGGGCACUGCUGACCCAGAAGAGGGAGGCAAUGGUGUGGAGAGAAUCAGCACUCUGUCCGCCUGAGCCGUGCAUGAAACCAUCAACAAGGAAGGAAGAAAAGAAGAGAGACGAAACCAGGAAAAGAACAUGAACCGCAAAAGUCACUCAGGGUGUAGUUGUGGCAAGUUGUUGCCCAAAGCCUCAGAGCCCAGCCGUGGGGGCUGCUCGCUUGGAAGAGAGGCAGAUGAGACAGAGAAGGAUCUGUCCUCAGAUGACUGGCUCCAGGACACUCACCGAGGACACAGGGACAGAUGGAUGUGGCUGUGCCGGUAGCAGUGCAGGACCAUGCGUGUUGUACUGAGUGUGCUUCUGCUCCUCUUUCGUCAGACUCUCCUACUGGGGAUGCUGUCUCCUCCACAGAAUGUGAGGCUAACAUGUGAAAAUUUCCAUAUUCUCUUGGUUUGGGAGCCCGGUUCUGGCUCAGGCAAUGGCACCCAAUACGAGGUUCAAAGUUACCAGCGUUCUUCUAACUGGACCAAAGUGGACACCUGUUGGAGGAACAACACCAGAUCAUCGCACACAUGCAAACUGUACUUCGAAGACAUACACAAAAUGUAUUGGGCCAGAGUGAGAGCCAUGGAUGGAGCCUGGGUGUCUGAAUGGGCCAUUUCCAAUGAACUGCAACCGUACAGAGACACAAUUGUGGGUCCCCCUAACCUAACUCUUAUAUUGGUGAAUGAGAAUCUGACCGUAAAUCUGUCCAUGCCACUCACCCCUUACCGCAGGAGAAAUGGCACUUACAAGUCAGUCCAGAAAGUGCUACCGAACUGGAAGUACCGGGUCAGCCUUUCCGAAAAGGGUGUUAACAUCAACAACGUGUCCCUUCAGCCAGAGGGCAAGAUAACUUCGCACACAUUUGAGUUCCUGAAACCAAACACCAAUUACUGUGUCACAGCCCGUGUGGUCAGACAGCAAAGCAAGGUGUCUGUGCAAUGUAUCAAGACUCCAGACAGUCCAGCAGAUUUCCUUUGGGACCUUGUUCUUGCUCUGGUUGCCCUCCUCCUGCUGCUUCUGCUGAGCGCCGUUGGCUUCUAUUUCCUCAAGCUCUACAUGUAUUCAAGCGUAUCAAAAAUGCCCUUCCCCAAAACACUGGCUAUUCUGAAUGAAGAGCUACAUGUGAAUCUCUGGAACAAGUCACUUGCCCAUGACCUCGAGGGUGCCUCUGUCACUCUGAUCUCGGUGGCUGGGCUUGCCUUCAAUGAUAACUUCCCAGUGGAGCAAGAAAGACUCCAAAUCCAGCUACUUCCAGAAGGCUGCCAGGCCUGGGAGGAGGAAGGUUAUUGUGCCAAUGGGUUUGGUCCAGACUACUGUGAAAACAUGGUCUCUUCCAGUUCCUCGGGCCAGCUGGAGUUUGCUGGCACUGUAGACUCUGAAGCCCCCUUGUCAUCAUCAGGAGAGAUGAAGGAUGGAUAUACAGGUGAGGUGAACUACAGGACUGCACUGGAGGUCCAGCUUCCUAUGGGCCAGUUGGUGUUUUCUGAGCAGCUAUCUCCAGUGUCAGCAGGACUGGCCAGAGAUGGUUAUAUGAGUGACAGGGGCUUCCGGACUUGCUCAGAGAUUCAGAUUCCUCUGCACCUCCAGGUGUAUUGCAAGUACUCAUCUUUAGUAUCAGAAACCUGCAGUCUUUCACCACCAACCUUCAGCCUCAGGGACCUUAAAAAGAACACUGAUGGCAAGAGGAGAGGGUGGCCACUCAUGGACUGGGUUGAUAUUCCUCUCAGCUCCGUGAAACUGCAGCAAACAAACCACUCCAAAAGGUUUGUCAAUGGAGAAACACAAGACCGCCUUGCUCCUUUUCCCAGGCACUUGUAUAGUCACACUGCUGAUAAGACAAUGAAGGACCACAAAGCAGACUUAUCAAGGUUGGGUCAGAGUGAUGUAGAGCAGCAGGAGUACCUACCUAUGAGCCAAGAGCAGCAUGGCCUCCCAAAGCACACAGAGCUUAGCGAUGACCCCAGUGGGGAGCUGUACCCAAAGGCUGAUGACACUAAGAUCACAACUUUCUCUAGCUAUGAAUUACACCCUCAAGUGCUUGUCCUGUAGCUAAUGAUACUGGAGCUGGGAAGAAGACAUUAGUGUACAGGGAGAUUUCCCAUAUGUUUAUCCACGAGCAGGAGAUCUGAUUCUGGACUCACUUGUAGUGCUGUAAAUGAAGAUUGACUCUACUGAAGUGUUAUAUACAUAAAACCAGUGAGAUCAGACUCUGGAAUUGGGCCGAAACCAAAACCCUCGCUCCAAAUCCAGGAACCUUCAUCCCUGAACAGCAGCCCCUCAGUUGGAAGUUCACUGCCAGGGUGAUUGGACUUGGCCAUGUGGCCAAUACAUAGUUUGACCUGUAAAUUUAGAUACAGCCUUUUGGUUCAGGCCCACCUGCAAUAGAAACCAGUGGAGACUCAUGGUUUUGACUGUGUUUCAGAUUGAGUUUGUGGGUCUAUCUGAACCUGAAACUUAAGGAAAACAUAAGGUAUGUGAAACCCACACAAAGCAAAAACAAGGGAAAGGCUCUGAGUGGUUCCUGAGACCUGAUUGAAUCACAUUUCUCAUACAGCUUUAGUGACAGACAAACUGAGGGGGUGACUUUCUCUCUAGUAUAUGUAUAUAUCUGAUGUGAAGCUGGAAACAUUGAAUGUACAUUGUAAAUAUCUCUUUCUUAGAACACUAAUUUAUUAUGGAAA